CUUUCAAACACACUUAUGCUUAUCUACUUGCAUAUGCAGAGGCGGUUGAUGAUACAUAUACAUGGCUCACACUACAAAUAUUCCCGGACCCUCAUUCAGCCCCUACCACCAAACAACCAACUUUCAGGUUUCUGAUGAUUUCUUCGAGUACUGGACGACUAACGACGUCGAGGAUGUUUUUCCGGCAUUCUCUUCCCUUUCUGCAGGUUAUAAUUAUUCUCAACUCCUGAAUCAUACGCCCAAGCCCAACGACAUGCCGGCGGUCAACAACAAUUGCUCUCAUGAAGGGGUCAUCAAUAGAGAUAGAGAGAAGGUAGCAUUCAUAACCAAGUCAGAGGUUGAAAUACUGGAUGAUGGGUUCAAGUGGAGGAAGUAUGGUAAAAAGAUGGUGAAAAAUAGCCCAAAUCCAAGGAACUACUACAAAUGCUCAGUGGCAGGGUGCUCAGUGAAAAAGAGAGUUGAAAGAGACAAAGAGGAUCAACGGUAUGUGGUGACGACUUACCAGGGAGUCCACAACCACCAACCUCCUAAUCAUCAUCUCUAGCUUGCUACCUUUGUUUCACUACUACUGUGGCUUUGGCUUCUCAAGAUUAAUGAAUUAGACUGAAUAAUAUUGCAGAUGUAGCAUCUGAAACAACCAAAAUAUACCUAGCUAUGUAUGGAUUCAGGGGCACUAAAUUGAAUUUUCUAUUUCAAAUAAUGUUGCAUCUUAUAUAUAUAUAUAUAUAUUU